AUGACCGAAUCCGUGAGUAACGAGAACGUGAAGAGGAUUUUGGCUCUUUUGCGAUCAGGUGAUGAAAAAAUCAACCUGUCAGGAUACCGCAAUGUGAUCCUAGUUAUCGGUAAUACAGGCUCAGGUAAAUCCACACUGACACAUUUCUUGGCCGGAAACAACGACGAACUCGUUUCGAGCGAAGUAGGCGAGAAUUCCGGUGAGUUUAUAAUUUCCGAUAAUAAUAACAAGAUCAGCGUGAACUCGACAGUGAUUUCCAAAACAACGUUUCCCGAAACGGUCGUCGACGCUGAAACAAAACUAGUUUUUAUCGAUUGCCCCGGAUUUAACGAUAGUCGCAGCGAAGCUUACGAUAUCGCAGCAGCGUAUUUUAUCAAAAAAGUACUAGAAAACGUAAAAAAUGUGAAAAUCGUGUUGACCGUGAGUUACCCUUCGCUUAGAAAAGGCGUCAAUCGGAUUGAUUUUCUCCAGUUGCUAGAACACGUGGGCAUUUUGAUUAAAAAUAUCGAAAAAUACGUCGACGGAGUUGCCCUCAUCGCGACCAAAGUUGAUAAUACGUUCACUUUGCGAAACGGAGCCGCUUCCAUGGUACCGGACUCGUCGAUUAUACAGAAUAUCGGUCAAUUUUUACUCGAAGUUCGCGAAUCCACCAAAACAAUGAAGAAUCUCGAUAAGGUUUACACUUCGGAGUUCAAACGAGCUGAAAACGAGGUGUUUUUCGAAAGCAGUCGCAAGCUGUUGGAUACAUUGGUGCAGAAAAAUGGCACCGAGUAUACCAGAUUGGGUAUUUUUCGCCGUCCCGACGGUCCUGGCCGUAUUUCCGAGUCUAAAUUACUCCAACAUGGUAAAAAAGUGCUCAAAAAGAUGAUCAAAAAUAACACGAAGUACGUUCCGGUUGAUAUGAGCGAUAUAGGCUACGCUGUUUCGGAUAAAUCGAAAAAUAUCAUUAGAGAUUUAGUGGAGGAAAUCGACAAGAAUAUUAUCGCAGAUGUGGCUCAAGUGAACGACGUUUUAAUCAAUCAUUUGAAAGAAUUAGAGGUGAAAUUAGCCCAAGACGAUAUGUAUUCGUUGAGGGAUCACUUCAAAGCCACUUCGAAAGCUUUGGCUCAAAUAUCCUCGAUCAGAGAGUCAGCCAAAGCGGACGAGUUUGUGUCUCUGAUGCAAGCUAACCUUUCAGAAUCCUGUAGACGAGCUUCAGAGGCAUCGCUGAACGAUGUUAAAAAUUUAAAUAAAUUUUUAAACUUUCUUCAAGAAGUCAGCGACAAGCAGUUCGAGUCUUCGGCUUGGAAAUGGGUCAAAGAACUCGAGCCAGCCAUCAACUACGUGGAAAACUCGCUCAAAUGGUACGAUUUUCUGGCUGCUUUGCAUAAACGUUUAUCUGAAUACGAUAUUCAGAAAGAUACCAAACGCUUUCAUGUCCCGAAAUUCGAAUCCGGAUCCGGUCUGCUCGGAAGCUACGUCGAUUUCACCAAUUUCUUCAACGAAAUCGGUUCUGCUGAAUUCCUCAAGGUGGUGAACCUCAAAGAUCUGCAAAAGGUCAACAUCGACCAGACCAAAAUUCGAUAUUUUAAUCAAGUAAUCGAGUCUACCUUGCACGAUUCUGCCAUUUACUUCGGGGAUGAUGAUACAAUAUUCCAAGCUAUAGGCGAAUAUAUCAAAUUGAGCGAUGUGGUCACCCAUGAGGACUACAUUCGGACCAGAUCUGCCCAAAUAUUGGCCAAACAUACGGUUUUCAUCGAUACAGAUCUAGCUAAAGAUAUCGAUAUCUCGAUCAUUGCCCCUAACUGGGAUAUCAUCGGAUCGAGAACUAUUAAUCUAGAUGGGGCUUCCGGUGGUCAUCACUAUAUUCUCGAAGCUGCAGAUGGUGAUGUAGAUGAUCCUAAUGGACAAGACGGGUUACCUGGUAAACCUGGCAAAUCCGCUGGUCAUUUCUUCGGCUUGGGAGUUCAAUUCAAAGGCGCUGAGAACUUGACGAUCUCGGCUACCGGUGGUUCUGGCGGUUUUGGCCAACAUGGAGGAGAUGGAGCUGCCGGAAUCGAUGGUAAAUCACACGAGAUCCGUAAUCAUCAAUAUUUUAUUCGUUGCGAUCGCGACGAGGAGUGUUCGACUGAAAUAGAUUACGUCAAGUCGGGCUUAUUCAACUUGAAUGUCAGAGGGCAAGUAUCGUAUACGAAAUAUGGCGAUGCUGGUGGCCGAGGAGGAAACGCUGGUCGUGGUGGAGCUCCUGGUAUCGGUGGUAAUCCCGGCACCAUCACUUUGCUCGGUUUAGGUCACACGAAACCGCCAGUUUCUCAUAGAGUAGGCAAAGGACAAGAUGGCGGAUUCGGUUUACAUGGCGAUUGCGGUUUGGGAGGUCAAGGAGGACGUCAUCAGAAAGCCUGGUAUCAUUUUGGAACGUGGAAAGAUACCGAGAACUGGGUCGAUCGGUUUACUGGACGGGCACAAGAUGGCGAAAUGGGUACCUGCCUGCAUUAUUCGUCGAUGUAUAAUGCGAAUUCUAAAAAUCGAAAGGAACCUGAUGUCAAGAAAUUCCUGUAUCCGCCAUCUUUCGUGCUCGGUGAUUUCAGGAAUGUAUUGAUUGGUAAUUUGAAUAACAGCGUGAAGAAACACCAUUCUCUGGAAUUCUACAAGACCCUCCAGAGAAAAGAAAUCAUCCAGUAUGAUAACGCCGAGCUGAUUUUCAAAGAGUUACAAUCCCUCGAAAAGCAUUCCAGUCAGAUCGCCCCUGAAAUCAACCAGUUUCUUUAUACGUUGCUGAUGGAGAGAAUUCGUGAAAGCGCCAAGACCUCUGACAACAAUAAACGACUCGUUGAUUUCUUAUCUUCGGCUGUAACGAGUAAACUAAUCAGACUGCAGAAUAAAUCGGAAUCUCGUCUGAUUAACAAUACUAAAACGUAUUUCGAUUUAUUGAAAACUGCUGACGUGGCCAAAAUCCACACUUUCUUCCUCGGCAGAACCUACGAAGAAAUCGAAUCCACCAAAACCUUCCUCAAAGUGAUCCGAGACCAUGUAUUUGAUACGAUUGCAAAGACUACUGGUGAAAUUGUCAAGUUAUCUCAGCAAGAUACCGACAACGAGUUGAGUAACCAACUUCUGAAAUUGAAACUGUUUUUCAACCUGAGAACCGUCGAAGAAUUCCUCAUGUUUGCUACGUCUUUGGCCGAAGCUGAUGUGAGCUUAGUCAGCAAUUUGAACCUCAUCUCUGGCUCAUCAUCACCCUUGACAGAGAUUUCUAUGGCUCCAGUGGAUGGUAGUAAAAUCUCAGCUUUACUUUAUAUCAUCGAGAAACCAAUCAAAUCGCAAAUAGAAGCUGUUCGAAGCUCCGUUUCCAAAGAACGAGAAGCUCUGGAGGCAUUGGGAAUGGAAUUCGAUGAAAUCGUCUAUCGCCUGAGAGAAAUCGAUGUCGAUUUGGAGUCUCGUUUACCGAAUGUUGCCGAAUCCUAUGUCCAUCCUGCGUUCUCAAAGAUCACCGACAUUAGCCGAUCUCUUUUCAGCAUCAAUGGAGCUUUGAUGAACGAAGCCAAUGUUAAAGCUAGAGAAGCUCAGGAUAGACUGGAUCAAGAUUUGAUGCUGAUCAAAUUCGAUGCGAAUAUUUAUAACAUUCUGAAAACCAAAGAAAUCGAUACGAUGAAGUUGAUUGAAUCCAUUGACGAGUAUCCAGACCGAGCUGUCCAUAUUGAUCAAACAGCGACUGAAUUGUUGAACGUGAUUGGUCCUGUUUUCCAUUCGGUUAGAAAUAGUCUAUCUGGUGAUAAGUACAAACCUGCGAAUCUGCCUGAACUCAGGGCAGCGGUUCUUCAAGCUCUGAGUGAUCUGAAAUUACAAGUUUAUAAGCUCAUCGACCAGUUCGAGAUCGACGAAGAUUUGCAAUUGAUUGUCGAGAACAUGGACGAAGCCAUUAGCCAGAUGACGAGUAUUUUCAGCGGAGUUUUAACCAGCCACGAAGAUCGAGCUAAAUUGCGAAGUUAUAGCAAGUACCUAGAAAAUGAAAAAGAAUUGGGAAAUCAUCGACAAAAUUACUUAAUCGAUGUGGUCAAAACCAAUACAUUAGUGUACGAAUACGAACGAUUAGUCGACAUCUUUAAAAAACUCAUCUCACCAUUUAAUGCACAGACCUUGGAUCCUCCUCCUCUGCUCCCUCUGGGUCAAUCAAUGACCGCAUUCCAGACCUCUUUCGUCGCCAAUGUGAAAAUAUUCGAGUCCAAAUUGGAAUCUUUGCAGCAAAGUUCCAAAAACGAUACAAUCAGCGAAGCCUUUAACAGCUCCAAUCAAAAUGGAGCAUUCUUCUCGUGGAAAAAAGAUAACUACAAAGAGUCUAUUUCGAAAUUAUUAUACGGUAGAGCUGUCGCCUUAAAAGCACCCAACGGUAAUAAAAAUCGCCAAUUUUUGAAAUUCGACGAUAUCAAACUGCGUUUCAAAGCGUCAGAUCCGAAUACUCAGCUAUCUCUGGACGAGGAUAUGCAGAACUUCAACGUGAUCAUGACUCAUACUGGUAACUCUUAUUAUAGUUUAUGCGAUCGAAUCACUCUGAUUAGUCAAGAUGCCACAAGAUUCGUUUAUAACGUUAAUGAAACCGUAACCAGGGUUGAUUCGAAUGAUGCCCAGAUUAAACCUGUCUUGAGUCCGUACACCACGUGGAUCUUCCAGUUGAUCCCAGUCCACGAAAAUGUCACCUUCAGUUCUCUGAUACCGUAUCGAAAAUCUGGUAUUGAUGUGGAACUCGAAGGACACGCCACUUUCUUCAAUAUGCAGAAUAAAACAGUGUGCCAGACAAUUUCUCAUAGCGGUUUCGAAACCAAUCAACCACUUUCGACUCCAGCCUCAUUGAUUCGAAAACGCAGAGAAAUCAAUUCUUCCGAAGGGGUAUUCGACUCAAACCCAUCGAAAUCCUGGAAUCCGUUUAAUUACCUCGUUGGUCGCGAACCCAAUCCGGAAUUUAUCCAGUCUUCCAAUAUCGAGCUUCUGGAAUCCAACGACAACGUACCAAAUCAACCCACCACAUUGUCGCCUUCUCUCAACGUGAACGCUGCUUUAACCCUGGUCGACUUCAUGGUUCGAAAAAUCUUCAAAGUAAAACCUCCUCAGACUAGAGAGAAAUCCGCGAGUGCCGAAGAAGCUCACGUAAUAGCUCUGAACAUCUUGCACAAAUACGAGAACAUGCUGGUCGAGUUAUCAGAUCGUAAAUUAGUUUCGAUGUCUGAUUGGGAACAGCAGGAUCCUGUUGAAAUGAUGAGCCUGUUGGAGAAGUACAUCUUAACUGAAGAUUACUCCAAGAUUAUCGAUUUAUUGAGUCGUUCCGUUACUCUCGAGCCCUCCGUCGAAGGUCAAUUGAGACAGGAGUUAGUUCAAGUUGUGAGCCAAAGUUUGGAUGGGUCUGUUAUUCGGAAUGAGUAUGAGGAUAGUUAUGGUUCUGCUCGUACCGAAGGUGGUCUUUUCGAUGAUUUUACCACCAAUGGUGCGGAUUUGUCGUCGUAUGAUAAUUUCAAUCGGUUGUUGCUAAAUUAGAUUUGGCCCAACGUCAUCUUUUUCAAUGGGGAGUUCACCUUCACAUUACCUGUACCUCCUGUCAAUUUUGGGAAUGAUGGAUGCCAUUGGGUUUUUUAAUCAUUUUGGAUGUAUUUUCCACUCAAUGACGAUUUUGGACCUCAGUCUUCCAAUUUUUUGAGGUGAAUUUCACCUUACUCGUACCACAUGUCAGUUUUGUCAAUGAUGGAUGCCAUUGGUUUUUCAAUUAUCCGGGAUCUAUUUUCUACUCAUGGCGAUUUUGGACCUCAGUCUUCCAGUCCAUAUGUUCAAUACUUACCUACACAUUUUUUAUUCAUUUUUUUUAAAACUCUGAGUGAUUUAUUUUUCUUAAUUUAAUCUACAUACCUAAGUGAUUUGAUAAGCGGAGGCAUUUUUUUUUUAUUCACAAGUAAUUGUAUUUUUUAUUUUUUUAUUGAAAAAAUUUAUCAAUUUUUUUCAUUUCUUUCAUUUUACUAUUUUUUAAUACUUUUUAUUUUAUGAAUGGUUCUAUUUUAUUUUAUUUUUUUACUUUUGUAGGUAAUUUCUAAUGGUUAUUUUUUAUUUUCAUUUUAUCCUAUUUCAUAAUGAUCCUCGUUUCAAACUAUUAAUUUUUUUUACUGCCAUCGAAGUAAAGGAGGAGGGGGGGCUGAUUAGAUUCCACUCUUUAUUCUGAAAAUCCGUCAAAAUGUAGGAGAUGGGCGUCCGUAAACGUGAAGAAAAUCUAAUUCUUCGAUAAAUCGAUUCAAACAUUGGGAAUAACUGCGCCGGAUAAUUUUCUAAAUUUUUUAUAAUUUUGAUUUUUUGAAAACCCAGGUUUGAUGAAAAGUUGAAAAUUGAAUCCGAAUUUUGAAAAAUACUGCAAAUGUGUAGAAGAAAAAGACUCGAAUAUUUUUUAAAAAUAGAGAGGUUUUUAAAAACUCAGUAAAAACCAAUAAACCAUGUUUAAUAUUCUGAAAAGUCGUCAAGGUAUACCUAUCGAAAAAAUACUUUUAAUUCUUUAAAAAUAAUUGAUAAAAAUUCCUUGAAUUUGAUUGAAGUUUUUUUUUUUUAAAUUAUUGAAUGAUGAUUAUUAUUUGAAAUUUUACCCGUUUUUGAUUUGAUCUUGUACUAAUUGCCACAUUGAAGAAAUUUAAACGAAUUUCAACUUGAAUUUUUCAAUUUUAUCGACUUAUAAUUUACUGCCACUUUUUUUGAUGAAUAUUUCAAUGAGAUUGAAUUUUUUUUUUGAAUAUUUUUACUUAUUUUUUUUUAUUAUUAUUUCCAUAGAUUUUAAUAAUUAAUUUUUAUUUUUUAGUGCCAUUAUUUUUUUUAAAUAAAAUAUUUUAAUAAGUUGAAACAAUAUUUUUAAUAAUUUCAUGAAACUUAAUGCAAUUUUCAUUACAUUUUUAUCGAUUGA